AUGCUUAACUGGCUUGAUGAUCCAUCUACCGCGUUGAACGACGGCUACGGUCUUAUCGGCGCCACUAUUCUUAUAUACCUAGGCAUGGCUCUUUCUACACUGUCGUAUAACCACAUGCUAAAUCGGUUCACGACAAUUUUCCGAGGGGCCGCUUCGUCGAUGAUCUAUAACCAUGCGUUGCGCAUCCCCGAUGGGGCACUAGAGGAUCGUUCGGCCACAAUUACUCUCAUGACCACCGAUAUUGACCGGAUUAUCGAUUGCCUAGUGACUUUGAAUGAAUGCUGGGCUCGUACUAUUGAGGUCGCGAUUGGCAUUUCGCUGCUUGCUCUUCGUAUGGGAUGGGUUUGUCUGAUGCCAUUGAUUAUCGUAAUCCUAUCUAGCCUAGGGAGCACAUAUAUCUCGAAGAAUAUUAGUGGGCAGCAGAAAAAUUGGGUUGAUACUGUUCAGCAGCGCAUCGCAAUCACCCGUUCAAUGCUGGCUGAUAUCCAAACUGUUAAGCGGAUAGGGUUGAUCUACGCUGCUCAAGGAAAGGAACUUGAUAUUAGCAAGACCCUCAGCAGUCUGUCAAUUAUAACACUUCUCACUAGCCCGGCCUCUAAGCUGCUUAGUGCGGUUCCUUCCACGGCGGCCGCUACGGGAUGCUUUGAUAGAAUCCAAUCAUUUCUCAUGGUGCCGACUGGUCAGCAUCACCCAGAUACAACUUCUAUUACCACGGAAGAAACUCACAUUCACAUGAGCGAUAGCUCUGGUGAGCUGCAACCCAUAUCAUUCUUGAGCAGCGGCACUGCUGAUCCUACAUUCCCCGUCAUAUCUAUGGAACGAGUCAAUAUCCGCCCAGUUCCAUCGGCAAAGAUAGUACUGCGGGAUAUCAGCAUCCAAGUUCCAGCUGGAAAUCUAGUAAUCAUUCGGGGACCAGUGGGAUCCGGGAAAACAACUCUGCUUCGGGCUAUACUUAGCCAAGCAGUUUGCGAGAAAGGGGUAACUACAGUAAAAAUCAAAAACCCGACCCUUUGCGCGCAAAUCCCCUGGAUCCCGAGGGGCACCAUCCGAGAAGCAAUUUGCGGGGUAACUGCUACAGGAUCAGUAACCACUCACGGUAUUGACUGUGAAUGGUAUGCGGACGUUCUUCAUACAUAUGCUCUGCUUCCAGACCUGGAAUUGUUUCCUGAGGGUGAUACCACGCAAAUCGGCAAUAGAUCCGGGAAUAAGUUCAGCGGCGGUCAAAUGCAUCGAAUUGCCCUUACACGGGCUGUGUAUACCCGUAGGAAACUUUUGUUAUUAGAUGAUAUACUCAGUGCACUAGACCGGAAAACAAAGGCCAUCAUAAUAGAGCGUCUCUUCGGAGGUAACGGACUUCUGCGAAGAACAAUGUCGACCGUUAUAAUGGUGACUCAUGAGAUUGAUUAUCUAUCUUAUACGGAUCAAGUUCUGGCUCUUUCGGACGGGAAUCUUCGCCGGGAAGAGGCCCGCGAGAGAACCGUCUACUAA